UCUGGCGACAACGGAGGCUGCGGAGCGAGGGGCCCGGCGGCCCGGGACGGCUGCGGGAGGCCGAGGCGGGAGCCCAAGGGGCUGAGGCGGCGGCGGCCAGGGCCGGGCGGCAGAGCCAGCCCAGGGCAGAGGGGCUCCUCCCGCGGGACAGGCGCGGGGCGGCUCCGGGGGGCGGGGGCCGGGCCGGCUCGCGCGGGGUAUGAUGACCCGGCGGCGGGGCCCCGGAUCGCGUCUCCUCCGCCGCCUCCUCGCGGCGGCCCCAGCUCGCGGCUGAGAACCAGACACACCGGCGGUAUGGCAUCACAGCUGCAGGUGUUCUCCCCCCCAUCAGUGUCGUCCAGUGCCUUCUGCAGUGCGAAGAAACUGAAAAUAGAGCCCUCCGGCUGGGAUGUUUCUGGACAGAGCAGCAACGACAAAUAUUAUACCCACAGCAAAACCCUCCCAGCCGCACAAGGGCAAGCCAACUCCUCUCACCAGGUAGCAAAUUUCAGCAUCCCUGCUUAUGACCAGGGCCUCCUCCUCCCAGCCCCUGCCGUGGAGCACAUUGUGGUGACGGCGGCUGACAGCUCUGCCAGCGCCGCUACCUCGACCUUCCAGAGCAGCCAGACCCUGACUCACAGGAGCAACGUUUCUUUGCUUGAGCCAUAUCAAAAAUGUGGACUGAAAAGAAAAAGUGAGGAAGUGGACAGCAACGGUAGCGUGCAGAUCAUAGAAGAACAUCCCCCUCUCAUGCUGCAAAACAGGACUGUGGUGGGUGCUGCUGCCACGACCACCACUGUGACCACGAAGAGUAGCAGUUCCAGUGGAGAAGGGGAUUACCAGCUGGUCCAGCACGAGAUCCUUUGCUCUAUGACCAACAGCUACGAAGUCUUGGAGUUCCUGGGCCGGGGGACAUUCGGGCAGGUGGCUAAGUGCUGGAAGCGGAGCACCAAGGAAAUCGUGGCUAUUAAAAUCCUGAAGAACCACCCCUCCUAUGCCAGACAAGGACAGAUUGAAGUGAGCAUCCUUUCCCGCCUAAGCAGCGAAAAUGCUGAUGAGUAUAAUUUUGUGCGUUCUUACGAGUGCUUUCAGCAUAAGAAUCACACCUGCCUCGUGUUCGAGAUGCUGGAGCAGAACUUAUAUGAUUUUCUAAAGCAGAACAAGUUCAGCCCACUGCCACUCAAGUACAUCAGACCGAUCUUGCAGCAGGUGGCCACAGCCCUGAUGAAGCUCAAGAGCCUUGGUCUGAUUCAUGCCGACCUUAAGCCAGAAAACAUCAUGCUGGUCGAUCCAGUGCGCCAACCCUACCGAGUGAAGGUCAUUGACUUUGGUUCUGCUAGUCACGUUUCCAAGGCUGUGUGCUCAACCUACUUACAGUCACGUUACUACAGAGCCCCUGAAAUCAUCCUUGGACUACCGUUUUGUGAAGCUAUUGAUAUGUGGUCAUUGGGCUGUGUGAUAGCUGAGCUGUUCCUGGGAUGGCCUCUUUACCCUGGUGCUUCAGAGUAUGACCAGAUUCGGUAUAUUUCACAAACACAAGGCCUGCCAGCUGAAUACCUUCUCAGCGCCGGGACAAAAACAACCAGGUUUUUCAACAGAGACCCCAAUUUGGGGUACCCCCUGUGGAGGCUUAAGACACCUGAAGAACAUGAAUUGGAGACUGGAAUCAAAUCAAAAGAAGCUCGAAAGUACAUUUUUAAUUGUUUAGAUGACAUGGCUCAGGUGAAUAUGUCUACAGACUUAGAAGGAACAGACAUGCUGGCCGAGAAGGCGGAUCGGAGAGAAUACAUUGACCUCUUAAAAAAAAUGCUAACGAUCGAUGCAGAUAAGAGAGUCACGCCCCUGAAAACCCUUAACCACCAGUUUGUGGCCAUGACUCACCUCCUGGACUUCCCACACAGCAAUCAUGUUAAGUCUUGUUUCCAGAACAUGGAGAUCUGCAAGCGGAGGGUUCACAUGUACGAUACAGUGAGUCAGAUCAAGAGUCCCUUCACGACGCACGUCGCUCCAAAUACAAGCACAAAUCUCACCAUGAGCUUCAGCAACCAGCUUAACACCGUGCACAAUCAGGCCAGUGUUUUAGCUUCCAGUUCCACUGCAGCAGCUGCUACUCUGUCUCUGGCCAACUCCGACGUCUCACUGCUGAACUACCAGUCGGCCCUGUACCCAUCCUCGGCAGCGCCGGUUCCUGGGGUGGCGCAGCAGAGCGUCUCCCUGCAGCCCGGGACCACCCAGAUCUGUACCCAGACCGAUCCGUUCCAACAGACCUUCAUUGUGUGUCCCCCUGCGUUUCAGACUGGACUACAAGCAACAACAAAGCACUCUGGAUUCCCUGUGAGGAUGGAUAACGCUGUGCCCAUCGUCCCGCAGGCGCCGGCAGCUCAGCCACUGCAGAUACAGUCGGGAGUUCUCACGCAGGGAAGCUGUACACCAUUAAUGGUAGCAACUCUCCACCCUCAAGUAGCCACCAUCACACCGCAGUACGCGGUGCCCUUUACUCUGAGCUGCGCCGCCGGCCGCCCGGCGCUGGUUGAACAGACUGCUGCCGUACUGCAGGCCUGGCCCGGAGGAACCCAGCAAAUUCUCCUGCCUUCCGCUUGGCAACAGUUGCCGGGGGUGGCUCUGCACAACUCCGUCCAGCCCACAGCAGUGAUCCCAGAGGCCAUGGGCAGUGGCCAGCAGCUCGCAGACUGGAGGAGUGCCCACUCCCAUGGCAGCCAGUACAGCACGGUCAUGCAGCCGCCGUCCUUGCUCACCAGCCACGUGACUCUGGCCACCGCUCAGCCCCUGAACGUCGGUGUCGCCCACGUCGUCCGACAGCAGCAGUCCAGCUCCCUGCCUGCGAAGAAGAACAAGCCGUCCGCGGCAGGCUCUUCCAAGUCUUCUCUGGAUGCUCUGCCUUCUCAAGUCUAUUCUCUGGUCGGGAGCAGUCCCCUGCGCUCCACGUCCUCCUAUAAUUCCCUGGUCCCUGUCCAGGACCAGCAUCAGCCAAUCAUCAUUCCAGACACUCCCAGCCCCCCUGUGAGUGUCAUCACUAUCCGCAGUGACACUGAUGAGGAAGAGGACAACAAAUACAAGCCCAGCAGCUCUGGCCUGAAGGCGAGGUCGAAUGUCAUCAGCUACGUCACUGUCAACGACUCUCCGGACUCCGACUCUUCCUUGAGCAGCCCCUAUUCUGCGGACGCCCUGAGUGCUCUCCGGGGCGAUAGUGGGCCCCUCCCGGAGGGCUCCGGCAGGGGCGGGGGUGACGGCACGGGCACUGGCACCCGCACCAUCAUUGUGCCUCCGCUGAAGACGCAGCCGGGCGACUGCACUGCGGCCACGCAGGCCUCGGGUCUCCUGGGCAGUAAGACCAAGCCGGUGGCCUCAGUGAGUGGGCAGUCAUCUGGAUGCUGCAUCACCCCCACGGGGUACCGAGCUCAGCGCGGGGGGGCCAGCACAGCGCAGCCGCUCAACCUUAGCCAGGCUCCACAAUUCAAGAGGGAUAUGAAGAACUUAGAGGAGAACAAGAGAAAACAUGGCCGAGAAAGAAAGAACCAGCCGUCGUCAUCAGCGCCAGCCCCGCAGGAGAGAAGCAGCAACCCUGCCCCCCGCAGGCAGCAGGCGUUUGUGGCCCCGCUCUCCCAAGCCCCCUACGCCUUCCAGCAUGGCAGCCCACUGCACUCGACGGGGCACCCACACCUGGCCCCGGCCCCUGCUCACUUGCCAAGCCAGCCUCACCUGUAUACAUACGCGGCCCCCACCUCCGCUGCCGCGCUGGGCUCCACCAGCUCCAUUGCUCAUCUCUUCUCCCCCCAGGGCUCCGCGCGGCACGCCGCAGCCUACACCACCCACCCCAGCACUCUGGUGCACCAGGUCCCUGUCAGUGUGGGGCCCAGCCUCCUCACCUCUGCCAGUGUGGCCCCCGCUCAGUAUCAGCACCAGUUUGCCACCCAGUCCUACAUUGGGUCGUCCCGGGGCUCAGCCAUCUACACUGGAUACCCACUGAGCCCUACCAAGAUCAGCCAGUAUUCCUACUUGUAGUUGGGGAGCCCAGGGGGAGCCCCACAGCCACCUCUCCUGGCUCCAAGCUCUUCGCUGUGGGCUCCCAGAGCCUCUGCCUCACUGUCUCUGGAGACUCCUCAGCCGGCACCUUGCUCUGCAGGGGCCACUGGAGCAGAAGGGUUUUCUCCAGGAACCUGUGUCGGUGUCGGCCGCCUCCCUGUAGCCUCCCAGUCCGCCCUCCUUGUCACCCUUUGUCUUCCGACUGCAGCUUGGUGUCCGGGAGAGUUCAGGUGCCCCUCUUCUGCCGUUCCCAAGGAGGAGGAUCCUUCUGAAGUCACCCUCCGAAAAAUAUUUUCUCUAUUUCUAUAAAUGCUUUUAAAAACAAGCGAAGCCCCUUUUUAUUUAACGUCGUUUUGUCGUAGUUGCUGUUCAGAGGGAAAAUGCUGAUGGAAGGACUUGAAACCUGGCAAUAAGUGAGAAAAGAAAAAUCAGUACUUUUUGCUGUUUAAGAACCAAGACUUAAAAUUGCCUACUUUAAGAAUAGCUCUCACAAGUCCUCAUUUUACUAUCAGGCAUUUCUCCUCAAGAUUUUACUUUUGUUUGUGAGCUAUUUAAACUUACAAUGUUUUAGCUUUGUUCUCAUGUCACAUUAUACUCAAGGGUCAGUUGUCACUUCUGCGGAAUGCAUACUGCUCUGUGUUAUCGUUGGGGUUCUCCAGCCGCUCCUGUAUCUAUUACAAAGUAGUGUUGAAAAGGCAGCUCUCCGCCUGCUGGUUAACUUCGUGCGAGAGCUCCUGCCGUGAAAACACAGAACACCAGGUAUUCUUUUUAAGUGAAGCACCAUGCAUUCUUUUAAAAUUAUUUUUUAAAAAGUCCUACUCUGGGUCAGCUUAAAUUUCAUUAUGGAAAAGCCAUGCAGGUGGUUAUUAUUGUGUGGUGGUGGUGGUUUUAUUAUAUGCAAAAAUCUCUUUGUAUUAUGUGAUACUGGCAUUAAUGAGCUUUGCCUAAAGAUUAGUAUAGUAUGAAUUUUCAAUAACACACCUCUCUCUCUCCUCGCCUCCCCUCUCCCUUCUGUUCUCUGUGAUUUAUCUGGGGAGAAAGCUAAAGAAUCUGAAACCAGAUGAGAACAUUGUGUAUAGCUUUUAUACUUUAAAGUAGCUUCCUUUGUAUGCCAGCAGCAAAUUGAAUGCUCUCUUAUUAAGACUUAUACAAUAAGUGCAUGUAGGAAUUGCAAAAAAUAUUUUAAAAUUUUAUUACUGAAUUUAAAAAUAUUUUAGAAGUUUUGUAAUGGUGGUGUUUUAAUAUUUUGCAUAAUUAAAUAUGUACAUAUUGAUUAGAAAAAUAUAACAAGCAAUUUUUCCUGCUAACCCAAGAUGUUAUUUGUGAUCAAAUGUGUAGUGAUUACACCUGAAUUGUGUAUUUAGUGUGUGUCUGACCCUCCAGUGUUACCCCGGAGAUGGCACUGAUGUCUCCAUUGUAUUUAAACCAAAAGGAACUGAUACUUGUUGGAAUGUAUGUGAACUAAUUGCAAUUAUAUUAGAGCAUAUUACUGUAGUGCUGAGUGAGCAGGGGCACUGCCUGCGAGGGGAGGAGACCCUUGGAAUCGUUUUGCACAGGUGUGUCUGGUGAGGAGUCGUUCAGUGUGUGUCUCUUCCCUCCCUCCUCCUCCUUCCCUUAUUGUAGUGCCUUAUAUGAUAAUGUAGUGGUGAUAGCGUUUACAGUGAGCUCGCCUUAGGAUGGACCAGCAGGCCCGGUGGGCCCUCCUCCGUUCGCUGGGGUUUGUCAGAACAGGACGAGUAGCCGUGUUGUGUCAGUGCGUUGUUCUCAGCUUCCCUGCCGAUGUUGAAAAACAGAAAUAGCAGCUUUUCUCCUUCUCCACCAUUCUGCCUCCUUUGCGUUUUGGUGUCGCAGCCGAGCUCUCCCAGAGCCGUUGUCCCCGAGAGGCUCUCAUGGCGCGUCGCUGCCCUGCUGCUGUGAGUGCCUGGGGAGCAGGUGGGGGUGGGGGCAAGCCAGGAUUUACUAGGCAUUUCGACUUUUUAAAAAGUAUGUGCAAUCACUUUGAGAAUGAGAUCCCCCCCUUUCCCCAUGUGGCAGUCCUUCCUGCAAAUAGCUGACAUUCCUAGUGAAAUACUUGCCUGUCAAAAAAAAACAUGUAACAGACGUGUCUAUACCAAAGAGCCUGUCGUACUGCUUCCCGUGUCCCCGUGCUGCCAGGGGUAGUGUUGUGAUGCCGCUGUGGCAGGGAACUCACAGAAAGGUUUCUUAGCUGGUGAAGAAUAUUAAGAAGGAACCAGAGCCAGCUGAGUCAUUGGGCUUUUUGAGGUUUCUUUCUUAACAACUAGUAUAUUCUUGGGGCCCUUCCAACUGUGAAAUCGUCCUUGUACUCUCAGCUCCUGCAUGGAUCUGGGUCAAGUAGAGGGUACUGGGGAUGGGGAUGUUCCUGCCCGUAAAAGAUUUGGGGGGAGAAGGUUGAUCUAAGAUGCAGUGUUCCAUCUGAACCGAGAGUGACAUACCAGAGAGAUAGUCUAGGACCGGUUCUUCGUGGAGAUGGUGCCAAGGAGGUGCAGGAUGGAGCUGGGAGACUGCGUGGGGGCCGGUCAGCGAGCUCUGCACCGGGUCGAACACCAAGGAGCUGUCAGGGUAUUUGGAGUUCUUCACUGUAAGGAGCAAGGGCUUCCAGGACGGGGCAGACCGCCAGUACAGCCUCCCAGGAACAUGUCGGUGUUUUCUGUGUGUUUUUAAAUCGUAUGGAGUUGUGUUCUCAGCACUGUGUUGGUCAGGACACCCACGCAGUUAGUAUAGUUUCUGUCGUUAGUGUUACACAGUGUUCUGGUCAGCGCGUGUGAUCUCCGUGUCUCCUUUUUGCCAAGCACAUUCUGAUUUUCUUGCUCAAGGGCAGAUCUAGUUUCUAAUGGAAUCAUUUUUUUGUUCUUUAUCUUCCCUCUGCAAGGGUUAGGAAUUGCCAUUUUUCAAGAAACGAGAUGCGGGGUGGGGAAACCCACAAAACACUCCACUCCUGUCCCCAAUCCAAUAGAUACAUACAUCAUUUAAGACGCAGAGGAAAAGACAAUACCAAGGUCUUCUAUUGUUACCUUAAUCAUCUUGCUAGCAUUGUGUGGCUUUAGGGAUUUUAGAGAUUUUCAGUCUUAGUUUAAAAAUUGGCAUUUUGGAUUUACCAAGACAAAAGUCCACCCGUGUCUGCUGAAUGUGCGUGUGCUCAGUGUGGCUCUGGACUCUGCGCCUGGGGCUCGCCAUGUCUGGCCCUGGCAGGACCGGAGAGGCCCUGGGGAUUCAGUGAGCAGCAGGCCUGGGCCACGGUGGCCUGGCCCCAGACCAGGUGAAGGCCCCAAGGCCUCUCAGGAGUUGCAUUUUCAGCUCCUGCCCUUCAGGGUGAGAGAGCAAGUAGGGGAAUGUGAAGAACAGCCACUCAAGGCUCGUCAGGACCCCGAUCACUCGAGUUUUUACUAGCUCCCAAGAGGGGAUCCCACCGUCCGAGCUCAGCUGAGAGCUGGCCCCGGGAGCAAGAACUGCAUUUCAGACCGUUCUGAAGGGCCCUCCAUAGCCCUCCCCGAGGGGGCUGCGCCUGGCUGCCCUUCGCCAGGCAAGCACAGCAGCGGGUGUUGUAGUCAGCGUUAUUAUGCAAAACCCACUGGUUAUGAUGGUUUGCUCUAAGUUAGGAAAUGAAAUUGCCUCUCAGUGACAGAUACGGCCCAGGCCUGCUUCCUGUUCCCGGUUUUGUUUUUAACUGAUGGAUGGUGCAGCAUGUCUACAUGCUUGUUUGUUGCUGAACUUAUAUAACGUGUGGUUUUGAUUCAGCUCGAAAAAUAAUCUCACUACAUGUAGCAGUACAUUAUAUGUAAUGUUAGUAUUUCUGCUUUGAAUCCUUGAUAUUGCGAUGGAAUUCCAACUUUAUUAAAUGUAUUUGAUAUGCUAGUUAUUGUGUGCGAUUUACACUUUUUUUGCUUUUCCCCUUUUCUGGUUGUGCGCUUCCUUUUACAACAAGCCUCUAGAAGCAGUUUCUGAGAAUUACUGAGUUAUGUUUGUAAUGCAGAUGUACUUAGGGAGUAUGUAAAAUAAUCAUUUUAACAAAUAAAUAGAUAUUUAAAAUUUAAUACUAACUAUGGGAAAAGGGUCCAUUGUGUAAAACAUAGUUUAUCUUUGGAUUCAAUGUUUGUCUUUGGUUUUACAAAGUAGCUUGUAUUUUCAGUAUUUUCUAUAUAAUAUGGUAAAAUGUAGAGCAAUUGCGAUGCAUCAAUAAAAUGGGUAAAUUUUCUGA